GGCCAGCCCUCUUGGAGGAGGACUUGGUGUGUGCGUUAAUUUUCUUCUUGUGGAUUUGCUGCACAGUAUUUGCCCAUAAACCAUCCAGAGGGAUUGUGAGGCAGUGCUACCCUGCGCACUGUGAAGAAGGACAAAAUGGCCGCUGAGUGGAAGGAGGCCUCCUCCCUGGCUUUCCCAUUCCAACUGGUGGGGUUGCAGCAUCAGAUGAAGCAGGAACUGGACGAGGGAACGCCCCACUUCUGGGGGUCGCAGGACUGCCAGUUGGCAGCACCGAUUCUUACAGCCAGACAUGGAGAUCCGGGAGCAUCACUGUGGGGUGACAGUGAUGUCUCUUGCUCAGUUGCUUCCAGCCAGUGGCUCGGAAGGCACGAGGCCAUGGAAUGCUUGCAAGUCUGCAAUGAAGAUACCCAAGAGAUGAAGAGAGAGGCCUGCAGAAGACUGGAGCGCAGAGAUGGAGGCGAAUGUAAGCCAGUGAAGGAGAAGACCUGCAAAGAGGAUGCCCUUGAGACAAAGCGCCAUCAUUUCAGGGGCUUCCACUACCACGAAGCUGAAGGGCCGCGAGCAGUUUGCAACCGACUUCGGGAACUCUGCCGGCAAUGGCUGCAGCCAGAGAGGAACACCCUGGAGCAGGUCUUGGAGCUGCUGAUUUUGGAGCAGUUCCUGGCCAUCCUGCCAUCCGAACUGCAGGCCUGGAUCCGAGAGUAUGGCCCAGAGACCAGUUGCCAGGCUGUUGCCCUGGCUGAGGAUUUCCUGCUGAGGCAGCAAGAGACCGAGAGCUGGGGAAAGCAGGCACAGACCCAGCGGACCUCCCCGAGUCUCCUUGAAGUAGAGCAGGCUCUGUUGGAUAUCAAGGUGGAAGAGCUCGGCAAGGAGUCCCAGCAGGAGGGCGAUGGAGAUGCCGACUCUGUGGGGGACAGACUGGCAUGGGAGACCAAUGAGGAGGAGAAGCCAAACCUUGAAGUUUCAGAACAACUGGGACCAUCUACAGACAUCACGGAAAGGCUUUCUUGGCAUCCAAUGAGUGGUGAGAUGUCUGGAAACAGGCACGUGGCACGAAUUGAACCAAGAAAUGCCCCUGAAAAACAGGACAGUAACUUUGUUCCUUGUUGGGGAGCUGCCAAGGACUUUGGUGAUGCCAGUGAGGGGGAAAUCCUCACAAGUGAGCUUCAGAAUUCGUAUCCAGUGGGCAAGAUGAGCAUCCAUCAAAUGAUAGAUCCUCUUGCACAUGAGAGAAUCCAGGCAGGCAAAAAGUUGUAUGAAUGUUUGGACUGUGGGAAGAUUUUCAGUGUAAGGUCCAUGCUUGUGGCGCAUGAAAGAAGACACAUGGAGGAGAAGCCAUACCCCUGUUCACACUGUGGGAAGAGUUUUGGCAUGAGCUCAGACCUCACCAGGCACUCUCGAACCCACACAGGGGAGAAGCCAUACAAGUGCUCGGAGUGUGGGAAGUCCUUCUGGCAGAGCUGUUCCUUAAGCAGCCACUUAAAGACUCACAUUUGUGCAAACCUUUUUAAAUGUUUGCAGUGUGGGAAAAGUUUCGGCAGCAGAGCAGAGCUGCUCAGGCACGAGAGGUCCCACGUGGGUGAGGAGCUCCAUAAAUGCUCCAAUUGCGGGAGAAGCUUCAGCCACAUUUCGCAGCUCCUGGUCCACAAGAGAAUCCACACGGGUGAGAAACCAUACAAAUGCCUCGAGUGCGGGAAGAUCUUCAGCAUAAUCUCGCUCCUUAGGGGGCAUCAGAGGAAACAUUCCGGCGAGAAGCCAUAUAAAUGCUCGAACUGUGGGAAAACGUUCAGUGGAAAAUCCAACCUUAAUAGACACUGGAGAAUCCACACCGGGGAAAGGCCUUUCAAGUGCUCCUUUUGUGGGAAAAGUUUCUGCAUGAGUUCAGACCUUAUUGCUCAUGAGAGAAUCCACACUGGACACAAACCCUACGAGUGUCUGGACUGCGGGAAAACCUUUAGUCAAAAGCAGCACUUGACUAGCCACCAGAGGACCCACACAGGAGAAAAGCCGUACGUUUGUUCACACUGCGGCAAAGGCUUCAGCGUGAGCUCCAACCUCAACACCCACGAACGGACCCACACAGGAGUGAGGCCUUUUAAAUGUUCUGACUGUGGGAAGUCCUUCAGUCAGAAAUCACAUCUCAUCAGCCACCAGAGAAUCCACACUGGCGAAAAGCCCUAUUUCUGCAGGGACUGCGGGAAAAGUUUUGGCUCCAGUUCCAACCUGAUGGCCCACAUGCGAAUCCACUGUGGGGAGAAAACAUAACAGUGUUUGGAAACAGGGUUUUGUUUUGGUUUUUGUGUGUGGAGGGGGAAUAUUCCUCAGAUUCACUGCUUUAAAAUUUACAUGGACAUUUGAACCUGCAUUCUCAUAAGCAGAAUCGGUUUUACCUUUCCCCUGCCAAUAUUCCUAAUGGAUUUAGGUUGGGCUUUUUUUGGAGCAGGAACUCCGUUACAUAUUAGGCCACACCUAAUGUAGCCAAUCUUCCAAGAGCUUACAGACUUUUCUUACAGGGCCUACUGUAAGCUCUUGGAGGAUUGGCUACAUCAGGGGUGUGUGGCCUAAUAUGCAAAGGAGUUCCUGCUGCAAACCACCCCCUGGGUUUAGGCAUUUUUGGGGGGUGGGGAGAGAUAAUAGGAAAAUCAAAUACCAAAAGUAUUUUGUUCGAUAAACUGGUACUUAAC